UAAAAGGAGCUUAGCUGGCCCCAGUAGUAGUAGACUGUUACUCUGUUGUUGAAACUGAAACAUAUCAACUUGAUUCGGCCAUUGACGAACUUGCUUUCCUGUCGAACUUCUCCGAAAAUGAACGACGGUGAUGUCUCUAAGCAAAUCCACCAGAUGGUGAGAUUUAUCCGUCAAGAAGCUGAAGAAAAAGCCAGCGAGAUCUCUCUCUCUGCUGAAGAGGAAUUCAAUAUCGAGAAGCUUCAGUUGGUUGAAGCUGAGAAGAAGAAGAUCAGACAAGAAUAUGAGCGAAAAGAGCGCCAAGUUGAAAUUCGAAAGAAAAUUGAGUACUCAAUGCAGCUGAAUGCUUCUCGGAUCAAUGUUCUUCAAGCUCAAGAUGACAUUGUUAAUUCAAUGAAAGAAGUUACUGCCAAGGAACUUUUGAAUGUGAGCCGUCAUCACCUGGUUGAAGAUAUUUUACAUGUGGGCAAUCAUGAGUACAGAAACCUUCUAAAAGGUCUCAUUGUUCAGAGUUUGCUAAGACUUAGAGAACCUUCUGUCUUGUUGAGAUGUCAGAAACAUGACGUGCACUUGGUAGAACAUGUGCUGGAUGCAGCUGCACAGGAGUAUGCUGAAAAAGCAGGUGUUUAUCCACCAGAGAUCAUUGUUGACCACAGUGUCUAUCUUCCCCCUGCACCCAAGCAUCACAAUACUCACGAACCUUACUGCUCUGGUGGGGUGGUGUUGGCUUCUCGUGAUGGAAAGAUUGUGUGUGAAAAUACUCUUGAUGCACGGCUGGAUGUAGUGUUCCGUAAAAAGCUUCCGGAGAUCCGAAAGCAGCUCUUUGGACAAGCUGCUGCUUGAUGACUUCGAUUACAUUUUGUUGCCCCUGGAAUACAUAUCCUCAAUGGAUGUCAUUGAUUAUGUAAACUUGUUCUUUGAAAUACUCCAUUUUUUUAUAGGGCCUGUUGUUCUCAUAUCGUGUGUGAAGGGGGCAUGUGGUGUUCAUUUUUUAUUUAUUUAAUUGAUGAAUAGUUUCACCUUGAUGGUGUUUUCUCCGACUUAGUUGCAAAUAAUAUAUUGGACAUUGUUGCCAAUGUUAUGAUGUUUACUGUUCUCCAAUGGCUUGCAUGGUCAAAGUAUAUAACUGUUCUCUGUUGAAAAUAAAACUACUCUUAUGCAGUGA